AUGUCACUUGUACCAAUCAUAGUUGCACAUCAAAGCAUCACAUCGAAUAUUGCAACAUACGUUAACCAACUGAUUGGACCAUUUGCUAAUGAGAAGAUGAAACAAUGGACAUUUUGUAACGAAGCCGAUUUUAUGACAAAACUCAUAACUUAUGCAUGCGACCAACAUCGUCUCAAACCAACAACCCUUUUCUGUACAAUUCAAAUCACUAAUUUCUAUUCGCUAGAUGUACACAGUGCAAUGAUUGCUACCGUCAUUGCUUUCUUACGAGAUAAAUCGGCAUACAACAAAGUCAACAAAGUCUCAAUUAGCAUCAUCGAAAACCUUUUACAAUUAUUUCUCUAUUAA